AAUCAAAUAAUGUAUUUAUUUAAGACAACAGUAGAGAUAAUGUCCUUAACAACCGAUUUGUCCAGACCUGAAUUAGUAAAUUCAGAUUGUAGUAUUCAAAUUAGCGUGGGUGAAAAUGAGUAUAUGCAUAUUUUUGGCAUUACUAUGCUUCAAUUUAAUUGAAUGUAUACGUGCGGACGGUGAAAAUAAAUGCAGGGUUGAUACAAAUAUCGAAACGCGAAGCACUAGUAUUUAUUGUUACUACAUGAAAUUGGAUGAUAAAGAAGUUCCACUCGACUCAGCAAUUCAGCCAAGUGAUUAUGUAUCUCUACAUUUGAUAGAUUGCAACGGAUCUAUUACCGAAAAUUCUUUCAGCAAUUUGAAAGAAGUGUCAUCUAUUAGUAUAUCUGCGACAUUGGAUAAAUUCGUAUUGCCGGAUUUACCUAAACUGAACUACAUUCAAAUCGAUAAACUACAAACGCCUACUUUGAAAGGAGCCUUUAGAAAUGUCGAAGAUACAUUGACUUCAAUUAAAUUCGACAAUAAUCCGUUUCUAUUAAAUAAGGAAGAUUUAGAAGGAUUGAGUAAUCUUGAGUGCUUAUCAUUAGUGAACCAAAACGUGACAGACUUAGGAUUUCUAAAGGAUAAGAAAAAACUCAACGAAUUGAUAAUCGUUCAAUCGAAUAUCAAAACUAUUCCAAAAGACACUUUCAAAAAUAAUCUAGAAUUAACUUCAAUAGAAUUUUCAAACGUACCUUUACAAGUAAUAGAAAAUGGACCAUUUGAUGAUUUGAAAAAUUUGAAGAUGUUAUUAAUGACUACUACCGAUUUAACAACCUUUGAUGCGGAUUUAACUAAAAAUUUGAAAAACCUUCAAGGUUUAGGUAUACCAGCUCGAUCAGUGAAAACUUUAGAUGUCGGAAAACUUCUCGAAAAUUGUCCGAAUCUUGGUGCUUUUUAUUUCACGGCAGGUGACAUGAAGUGUUCAGAAACGCAACAUCUGCAGGACAAAAUUAGCAAACAUAAACGUCUGAUAGGAGUGGCGUAUGCAGGUGGAUCAGGAGAUUACUUCAAAACUUGUUAAAUAGGAAAAAGAAAUUUAUAUAGUUCUAUAUUGUGGUUAAUAAAAUUUUCUCUUCGAUCUU